CAUCAUUCGGUCAUUCCUUCAAUUUGUCAUUAUCAUGAACCUAAAUAACCUAAUAUUUUAUUGUAUUUGAAUUUUUUUAUGUAAAAAAUUAAAUUUUCAUAAUUGGUCAAUGGCGUGUUUAAAUCGCAAACUACUAAUUACGCCAAGGAAUAUAUUAUUUAGGUAUUUUAAUAAAAUCGUUAUUACUGAUGAUGGUUCCACCAUAGUUGCACUUCACACCGAACCAGAAUUUCCCUACGAACAUUCAAGACCACUACCUGAGGAAGUUAAAGAUGAAUCUAUAUUGAAACUGAAUGAUAUUAAUGAAGCAAGAAGAGUAUUUAAAGAUAUGACUCCAGAAAUGUCUAGGAAACAGUUGUCCACACUUACGAUGACUACUGAACAUCGAUGGUUUCCUAGAGCUCGUGAUAAGAAAGCGAAGAAUACAGAAAUGAAUAGGCCUUAUUUGUAAAUAAAUACCAAUAAUUAUGUUAAUGUAGUUGAGUAAUAAAAUGAAAUAUUAAU